AUGGAGCCAGUGGACAGACUGAAGAGGAUGAAGCCUGAUGGUUCAGUCAUCAUUGAUGUGGAUGAGUGGUUUGACACAUAUGGGUUGCCUUCAACCUCAGCCAAGCCAUGUCAGCGAGUCAAGGUCAAGGAGGAAGAAGACACCAAAACACUGGAAUACAUCAGUGCAGCUAGUCCCGAAGAGGAGGCACAAUCGGAGAUCAUCGAGCUCAGGGAUAAGAAUGCGGCACAGGCAGCAGAGAUGGAACAGCUCAAGGAACAGAUAGCACAGAUUACGCAGGAGCAGCAGAAAAAUUAA